AUGCCAAAUUACGUGUUGGGCAUUGAGCUGGGCAUCACAACGAUAAACGUGUCGAUCGUCAACACCGAUACCAACGAAACCGAGGACCAAUUCACGCAAGAAACCGACAGCGACAUACCCGGCGAUGUGGACGGCGCCCACAAGCAGUACGUCCCCAAGAUCAUCGAGGUAUUGAACACCUGCGUGGAGAACAUCCAGGCGGUCUACCGGCAGAACGUCAGCAUGAUCGCGGUCUGCGGCCAGCUGCACGGCGUCCUCCUGUGGACGCUGGCGCGCGACGGCCCGCCCUGGAAGUUCAAGAAGAACUCGUACGAAAUCGACGCGCAGAAAGUGUCCAAUCUGUACACGCGGAAGGACGGGCGUUGCGGCAGGGAGUUCCUGGCGUCGCUGCCGCAGCCCGAGUCCCACGUGGAGCUGGCGACGGGCUUCGGCAUACCCACCAUCUUCUGGUUGGACAGGCACGCGCCGCAGCACCUGCGGAAGUACAACCGCUCCGGGCUGAUAUCCAGCUUCGUCGUGGCCAUGUUGUGCGACAUGGACGAUGUGUUUACGACGUACCAAAGCGCGCCCACUUGGGGUUACUUCGAUUGCAACACCUUGCGGUGGAAUUACGAGAUACUGGAAGCGGCGGAUUUUCCGUUAUACCUCCUUCCGGAGGUCGUGCCUCCGGGUUUCUUCGCCGGGCGGCUGGCGCAGAGCUGGAACGGGAUUCCGGUGGGUAUUCCGGUGGGCGCUGAUUUAGGGGAUAUGCAGUGCUCGAUCAUCUCCACCAUAGAUACACUAGAAGACGCCAUAUUCGAAUUUUCCGAGUCGGUGAAAAUCGCCUUCGUCACUGACGAUCAUUUCUCGUUCGAUCCGCACGAUCAGAACUCCGCCUGUCCCUCCGGCAAUGAAAACGUGAGAUUUUGGCCGUUUUUCAACGAUAUGUACAUCGGCGUGGCGGAAUCCCCGAACGGCGGGUGCAUUAUAGAAAUGUUUGUGAAUAUGUUGCAUCGAUGGUUUAUCGAUCUCGGAGUUAGCGUGUCUCGAGAGAAAAUCUGGAACACUCUACUGAACAUAGACGCAACAGAAGACGCGGAAUCUAGGUUGAGGAUCAUUCCCACGUUCGUAGGAGAAUCGUUUAACGGCAACCCGACGGGAACUGUUAUAAAUAUAACCGGAACGAAUUUGUCUCUGGCAGAGGUCUUCAAAGUGCUUUGCGGGGGAAUCGUCAACAAUUUGCACGACCAGAUCUCCGCGGAAAAGCUGAAGAAAACAAAUUGCUUCAGGUUAUUGUGCAGCACGUCGCACAGUUAUAUCAACGAGCUUAUAAGAAGCGAAGUCGAAAGAGUUUACAGAUUACCUAUGGUUUUUGUAGAUAAAGUAGAUGCUAGUAAAGGAGCCGCUUUAGCAUUACACAUCUAUGGUAACGUUGAAGAGUUCAUGGAGAGACAAACAGAUAAUGCAACGUACCACCGAUAUCCCACAUCAGGCGAAGGGGGUAAUCAAUAUUACUCACAACAACCUACUAUCGAUAGAGGACCUCCCGAAAUAUUCGACUACCAGGGAAGAGAUACUGGCCAAGAAAGACAUACCGACCAUGACAAAUUUGCUCACCAAGAAAGGCAUACUGCCCAAGAAAGAUAUAUUAACCAAGAAGCACACGAUCAAGGAAGAUAUGCUGACCAAGUAAGAUAUACAAACCAAGUAAAACAUACUGACGAAAUAAAAUACACUGAACAAGAUAUGUUUGCUAACCAAGAACGUCCUGAAUAUGUCGAGCAGGAAGGAUACAUCGAAGAAGAAAUAGAAGAAUCAAACUUUCCUUUGGACGAUAAACCCUUAAAAUUUUACCUGAAAGAAUUUCAUCCCACAGAAUAUGCCUCUCAAGAAAUCUCCGAUUCACCGCAAAAAAUCUCUCCAUUGAGCACUUCUGGAUAUCAAUCAACAAAUCAAGCCCAACAUAUUUACGACACCGAUCAACAAUUAGGAAACAUUCAACUUUCCGACUCUAGGGAUGUUGAGCAAAAAGAUUACGAUUUCUCCUUUUACAACAGAAAGCAGGAACAGCUAGGUGCAGCACCAAUACCAAGAGCACCCCCUAAUAGCUUGGCAUCCGAGCAACACGAACCAUUUCCUGGGGGGCAAACUGAUUUGCAAAUAAAAGGUAAGCCUAAUUAUCAAACUUCUUAUAAAGCAUCCCCGCAACAAGUAUUUCCAGUAAACGUUGACGAUACUCAAAAGCCUAACGCGAGAGAAUCUGAUCGUUAUCCACGAAGAAAUGGAAGACAUUCGACUGAUGAUAUAUCAAUUUCAUCUGCUCCGAAACGAGGUUUUGUGUACCCUGAUGCUGACUCGCAAAGGUGGCCGUUGCCCCAGAGAAACGUUCCAGAUGAUUACGUGGUCCAAAAACAAUCGGAUUCUGAAAAAAUACCGGGAAUUUCUUCUACUGAUCGUCGUGCACAUCUUGCUUCAACGGUCCAUCGUCAUUUCGUUCCAAAUGACUAUUUUGUACCAGAAGAAAAUGCUAGGUUUCCAACGGAAGACCACACACAUCGACGGACAGCUCCUUAUCAUCCCUUUGUUCCCAAUAAUGAAAAUUUACAGGAAGAACCUUAUCCACACAAUUCGUACACGAAUUCUCAAGAGAGGGGCCCACCGAGAAACAAUCCUGAUUUAGACCGCCGAACGAAUCCACGGCCGAGUCCUAACCAAGACGAUAUGGGAAAGUAUGCCCCAUACUCUGAAAAACCUACACAAAACAACCUAUAUCCAGAUCCACAGGGCAGGUUUCCAGAACGUUAUCCUAAUGUGUCUCGCAAUGACCCACGGAUGUCACCGGGUAGACAAGGUUAUCGAUCAGAUAAUCCACAACCUAGAAUCCCUGCGAUGGAUUCCUCGCAGAAACCUUCAGCAAGAGAUUUCCAACAAGGCCAAAUACCAGCGUUUGGCAGGGACAAGUAUGAACAACAUGAGAGGCAACAAAUCCAUAAUAUUUCACCAAAAGGGCCACCUAUACCAUAUCCACCAGUACCAGCAUCCAAAACUUCCCCACAAACAUUGGACCAGACCUUUCAACGUUACAUUUACAUGGAUGAAGCCAAUCCCGAGGAUUAUCCAAUUCCAGGGGAAAGACUUCCUCCAUCAAGGCAAAAUCCAAAUUAUACGGGCGUUCAGGCGAGUGAUGCUGGUUAUUCGAGGCAACGAGAUAUACCGAUUAGAAGAAAAGUGGAAGGUAGGCCAGGUGAGGAUAACUACUAUCAAUCGCAACAAAUUGGACCGUUGCCAAUAAAUAUAACUGAAGAAAAAGAAACAUUUUUAGCAAAUGCUAGAAAUCAGAGGUAUCCUAUUGAAGAUGAUUAUGAGCCUCAACCAGGCAUACCAUCUCAAUUUGCGCCCAAAGCAUAUCCUCAUACAAUAACUCAACAAGGGAUUGAUUAUUCCUUUCCUGAUACAAACAGACCUGCAACUAGUAGAGUUGACCAAUAUCGAAAUAAAGAUAAUUAUAGAAAUAUUCAAAGAGGUACUGAUUCGCAAAGAGGUCCUCCCGUGGCCGGUAGAUCAGGCUACUACUCAGAGGAAGAAGAUUAUAGACAAAAAGCCCCAACUUAUCCAGCUUCGCAGAGACCUCCUCAGAGAAUGAUGCCAGGGAGAGCUGAUCAAUAUCCGAAUCGUCAAGAUCAUUCACGUAGGGGAUAUCCUUAUCCAGAGCAACAACGGGCGCAGGCAUCGAUGAAAGUCACAACGAAUAACGAAAAUUAUCCAGUCGAACCAACACCUAGGUUGGAUUUUCCGACAAAGGGGUAUCCUUUCCCAGGGUCCCAAGCAGCCCCGAGGACCGGUAUGGCUGAAUCCUCUUCUAAAGGAUAUCCCGAAACUUAUUCCCGCAGCUCCCCGAAAUCGGGCGGUAAAUUGGACCUGCAUACACACGAUGAUAGUUGUCCAAUUCGCGGAACGGAAUCGCCUGGUAGACUGGAUGGGUCUAAAUACAUGGCUCAAAAAAAUUCACCGUUUAAACCAGAUCCUUCUUCAAAAGCGCAUCCUUAUGCUGGUGCGGCAAGAGCUCCUUCGCCACAAGCCGGUACAUCUACUGGGCAAUACACGACCCAAAAACAAUACGAUUCGUAUUACCGCGCAGAUUUUCAAGGGACCCAACCAAUACCAGCAGGUAGAACUGAUGAUAUGCCAGUAAGAGUGCAGCAAAAUAUUUCAUUCAAGCCUGACUUAUCAGCGAAAAGAUCUCCUUAUGCUGAUUCGCGAGGAGCCCCUGCGCAACCGUCUACUGCUGGUAGGCCACCAUACGAGCCUCAGCAAGGUUUUGCAUUCAAGACAGAUGCCCAAUCGAGAAAAUAUCAGCAACCAGAUAUGUCAGAGGCAACAGCUACAACUGACGCCGGUAAAUAUUUGUUUAUUGAACCACAAGUAGAUGCACCGAAAGAAUAUGUUUCUGAACCAAAUUAUCUGUUUCAAGUCGAACCUUCAUCCAGGGAUUAUUCUAGUACAGGUCCUCAAAGGAACGAACCAACUACAAGCGGUAGGACUGCGGAUUCUGGUAGAUACGUGAUACAACAAGGUACUUCUGGUAAAACGGAUUCAUCCUCGAGGAGAUAUCCUUAUCCAGAACCUCAAAAAAGGCAACUAACUACAUCUGAAAGGGCCGAGACUGAGAAGUAUGUACCUUCUCAACCUUCUUAUCCUGAUUCUUCAUCGAAAAGGCCUCCUUAUCAGGAAUCUCAAAAACCACAAUCUGCAGCACCUGAAAGAGCCGAGUUUGAAAUGUUUUCACCUCAACCUGAUUCUCCACAGAAUGUUGAUUCACCUGGAAAGAGAUAUUCUUAUGAGACCCAAAAAGAGAAAUUCACAACUCAACAAAGUUAUCAAACGAGGCCUGAAGGGAAGCAAUAUCAAGAAUCGCAGAAAAUUCAACCAACUGUACCAGACCGAUAUGUCUCUCCACAGAAGACGCAAGCAACUCCGGGGGCGCCUGAUACAGAACAAUAUGCACAUCAGAAAGUUUACCCGCAGACAUCUGAGAGGAAAGAAUAUCCUGCAUCUCAGAAAAGUCAAUCCACCAGCGGAAGACCCGAUACUGAGAAAUAUGCGCAGCAAAAAAAUUAUCCAUCUACACCGGAAAAACCGUGUGAAUAUCCAGAAUCACGAAAAACUCAACCGUCUGCAACAGGUAGGCCUGAUCCAGAAAAAUAUCCUCCUCAACAAGGUGCUCCCCUGAAACCAGAUUCGUCUGAAACGGCCAAAAUGCAAAGGCCACCUGACAAAUCUGACGAAAAAUAUGCGCCUCAAAAAAGUUUGCCGCAAAAACCAGAUAGAAAAGAACAUGCGGAGUCACAAAAAGUCCCAUCAACUCCUGCCGGUAAAUCAGAUGCUGAUAAAUCCCAACCGAAACCUUCAAAACUACCUGUUUCUGCAACAAAGCCUCCUGAACCAGAAUCUAGGGAAGCAUCAGCAAGGCCCACACAAAAACUUAACGAUGACACACCAAAGGCGCCUUUACCUUCUCGAACUGCGAAAGACCUUAGUUCGAUUCCUGCUACAAGUCCCGAAAGAGUUCCGAAACCGGCAAAUCCCCCUAAAUCCCAAGCAAGUCAACCAAGCGGAAAUGAUCCGGGAAUUCAACCAGCUGAAUCCCUUCCAAUGCAAAGGCGUGCGUUCGAAAAAUACACCGAGGAAAGUCACACACAACAGACGCCUCAAGAUGACGCAAGAUACAGCGAGUACCAGGCUCCUCCGCCGAGAAGGCCCCAAACAGCUCCUAGUUCCGCCGAAGCACGCGCAGCUUCUGCUUCUAGAUCGAGACAUGCUGCGCCGAGAUCUAGAAGGAGGGGUAGCAGGCAAAACGACAUGCAAUUAUUGGAAGAGGGAACUUUGUUUUCCGAAUGGGCUCCGCCGAAGACCUUUUUGACACCCAGUGCUACUAGCACGUUUCCGACCGAGGACGAUGAUUUUUCUCUAGAGGAUCUCCCAAACGAUGAUGAAACUCAACGGCCGUUCGAUUAUACUUCCUACUAUUACGAUUACACGUCUUUAGUCGACAACUCUUACCCAAGAUCGUAUGAAAUUACGGGAAAGUACAAGACCAAAAGAAUAGAUUCGAAAGCGGGCGGUUCUUUGCAAGAUACUUGCCUAAUUCCGCGAUCAGCAUUAUUGAAUGGCAGCGAUGUAAAUUUAAAUGAUAUUCCUAGAUUAGUUUCGCCAGAGAACGUUAUGGAAGGCACAUCGAACGUAGGACAAGAAAGGAGAGUUUUCCCAUCGCCUUCCUCAAGGCAAUAUUCGAUAUCGUCAACAAAUCAAGGUGCCUCGACUUCGUUACGUUCAAUACAAGGUAAAAAAUCUUUUACUAAUGCUGGCUAUCACCAAUUCUUAUCACCAAAGAAGAGAGAAAGUUCAUUAUCAUUACCAGGACCCUCUGAAAAUGACAAUAGUGCUGUUAAUGGCCAAACAUUUUUACUACAAAAGGAGAAAAGAAAUUUAUCAACGGCAACUUCUUCUCCUCACAAAUCAUUUACAGAUUAUAACAGAAGUGUUCCGAAAGGUUCUGAUCAAGCUGCGCCGACGCCAAGGGAAAGAGAGAAAGUAUUGGUUUCAACACCUCCUACCAGUUCAAAUGCAGAUGAUACUAGAGCGCGCCUAGUGGCAUUUGAAUAUCAAAUAACGGUACAACCAAGUGAUGUAGAACACUUAUUAACACCAUCAAAAUCCACUAUCAAAUCGUCUGUAGAUAAUAGUGGUGGUCGUCAAGUCCCUUUUGAUGAUCAAACAACGUUGACGCCAAUCGAAAUCGAAAACCAGAAUUUAUUCUUAUCUGAUGUCGAUACAUUUCCUACCGAAUUGCAAGAAGAUGAUAGAACUUAUCUAAUGUUAGAGGAUCAAGAAAUUUUACAACAAAGCGAAAGAGAAAAUUUAUUAACAACAUCAAAAUCUUAUAUAAAUCGGUCUGUGAAUGAUCAUACAGAUAUUCUACUUUCUAAGGAUGAUCAAGAUAUGUUGGACCAAAUUGGAGAAAAUUUGUUGCCAACAUCAACAGCUCCCUCUAACAGAGAUGAUCAUGAAUGUCGACUAUAUCCACCUGACGAUCAAGAAGAGUCGUCAUCAAACAAAAGAAACGAUUUAUUUUCAACAUCAGCACCUCCCGCCAAGCCUACUCGUAUAAUUUAUUCCAAAUAUAAACUGCCUAUUCACAAUAACAAAUCCGUCUCGUUCUUACCCCACGACAUCGAUCCCAGCGCCAUUUCUCAAUCGCCUUCGCCGGAUAACGAAAAUACUGCCCUAUCAAUUUCAGAAGCAGUCGAAGACCUGCCAUCAUCGAGUAACAAUUCCGCACUACAUUCUACAGGAGACCACCCGACUAUUAACACUUGGUCGACUACCACCGUAGCUUCGUACGUGGGAUCAGUUCUGCUGGGCAACAGGAACUAUAUUUUGACUACUGGACCAAUAGGAUCGACUCAGCAGGACGUGAGCCUCACGUCCUCGUCUCCUACGGUUUACAAUUCGAUCGAUUCGGAAUCGCUGGCUAAUAGAGGCAUGACUGCCAAUAAUCCCCAGACACCGAACAAUGCUCCAAAUGCUCCAAAUGCUCCAAAUGCUCCAAAUGCUUCACAUCCUCCGUGUGCUCACGAUGCUAUAGCUUGGUCAGUCGGGGCCGAUGUGAGGGACCUCUAG